GGUUGCGAAGGUAGUGGUCGUGGUUAUUUGCUGCUGGAAGACGCAAGUGCUUCCUUCACGCUUCCCUGCGUUUACAUUUAGUGAAAGAAAUUCGGAAUAUAAAUCUGUGAAACUCGCCUUUUUGUAGCUAUGUUAGUUUUAAAAAUAUAGUACCGCAGCCUAGUUUGAACGGUGAUCCUAAUCCGUCAUCUUUAAACCUAACAGGGACACCACAUUACAAUGCCAUCCCCAAUGGAGGGUUCUUCCAGAGAAGGUGACCUGUUUACUGUGAAACAUGAGCUGAAAAAUGCCAACCUGACGGGUUACGUCGAGAGGGUAGGCAUUGAAAACUUCGAGCUGCUAAAGGUGUUGGGGACAGGAGCAUAUGGCAAGGUGUUCCUGGUGAGGAAAAUCAGCGGCCACAACGCGGGGAAGCUGUACGCCAUGAAGGUUUUGAAGAAGGCCACCAUCGUGCAGAAGGCAAAGACCGCGGAGCACACACGGACCGAGCGCCAAGUGCUGGAGCACAUCCGCCAGUCUCCGUUCCUCGUAACGCUUCACUACGCCUUCCAGACUGACACCAAGCUGCACCUAAUUCUUGAUUAUGUCAACGGCGGAGAACUCUUCACACACUUGGUGCAGAGGGUUCGCUUUAAGGAACAGGAAGUGGCCCUUUAUAGUGGAGAAAUAGUUUUGGCACUUGAACAUCUACACAAGCUUGGAAUUGUUUACCGGGACCUAAAACUCGAGAAUAUUUUACUGGAUUCAAACGGUCACAUCGUUCUCACAGACUUUGGCAUGAGUAAAGAGUUUGAUCAGGUGGAAAGGGCCUUUUCUGUCUGCGGCACUGUUGAAUAUAUGGCCCCAGAAAUAAUCGAAGGGGGAGAAUCUGGACACGACAAGGCAGUGGACUGGUGGAGCCUCGGCGUGCUGAUGUACGAGCUUUUGACCGGUGGAUCGCCUUUCACCGUAGAUGGAGACGAGAACUCACACACAGAUAUAGCCAAGAGAAUUUGCAAAAAGGAUCCUCCUUUCCCCAAAGACAUGGGACCCCUGGCCAAAGACCUAAUCAAGCGACUCCUCCUCAGAGAUCCAAAGCAGCGAUUAGGCUCCGGUCCUAACGGGGCUGAGAACGUGAAGAAUCACCCUUUUUAUCAGAAAAUCAACUGGGAGGAGCUAGCAGCUAAGAAGGUGCCUGCGCCGUUCAAGCCGGUGAUUCGAGAUGAGCUCGAUGUCAGCAACUUCGCCGAGGAGUUCACAGAGAUGGACCCGACCUACUCCCCCGCAGCUUUGCCUCAGAACUGUGAUCGCAUCUUCCAGGGAUACUCUUUCAUGGCCCCCUCCAUCCUGUUCAAGAGGAACGUGGUGAUGGAUGACCCGGUCCAGCUGUGUGGGGAUUCUGAGAGGCCCGGUUCUGCUGCGGUGGCCCGCAGCGCCAUGAUGAAGGACUCGCCGUUCUACAGCAGCUACGAGAUGGACCUGAAGGACGGAGCUUUGGGAGAGGGCAGCUUCUCCAUCUGCAGACGCUGCACACACAGGAAGUCUGGACAGGCGUUUGCCGUCAAGAUCGUCAGCAAGAGGAUGGAGGCACAGACUCAGCGGGAAAUUGCAGCGUUGAAGCUCUGCGAUGGCCAUCCUAACAUUGUGAAGCUGCAUGAAAUUUACCAUGACCAGCUCCACACAUACCUGGUCCUGGAGCUGCUGGGCGGAGGAGAGUUGCUGGAGAGAAUCCGCAGAGAGCAGCACUUCAGUGAGACAGAGGCAAGCCGCAUCAUGCGAAAACUUGUUUCUGCUGUCAGCCACAUGCAUGACGUAGGAGUGGUGCACAGGGACCUGAAGCCAGAGAACCUGCUCUUCACAGACGAGAGUGAGAACUCCGAGAUAAAAAUCAUAGACUUUGGGUUUGCCCGUCUGAAACCCCCAGACAAUCAGCUGCUGAAGACUCCCUGCUUCACUCUGCAAUACGCUGCCCCAGAAAUCCUCAAAUAUGAUGGCUAUGAUGAGUCCUGUGACCUGUGGAGCCUGGGGGUCAUUCUGUACACCAUGCUGUCUGGGCAGGUGCCUUUCCAGUGUCAGGAGAAGAGCCUGACCCACACCAGCGCCGAGGACAUCAUGAAAAAAAUUAAACAUGGAGAUUUCUCUUUUGAAGGAGAGGCCUGGAGGAAUGUCUCCCAGCAGGCUAAAGAGUUGAUACAAGAGCUGCUGACGGUGGAUCCAAACAAGAGGAUUAAGAUGUGCGGUCUCCGUUACAACGCCUGGCUCCAGGACGACAGCCAACUUUCCUCCAACCCACUCAUGACCCCGGACAUUCUGGGCUCCUCCACUGCCUCCGUGCACACUUGCGUCAAAGCCACCUUUAAUGCGUUUAACAAAUGUAAGCGAGAAGGUUUCCGCCUCCAAACGGUGGACAAGGCGCCGCUGGCCAAAAGGAGGAAGAUGAAAAAGACCAGCACCAGCACAGAGACCCGCAGCAGCUCUAGUGAGAGCACCCAUUCCUCGUCCUCGUCUUCCCAGUCUCAGGAGAAGACUUCUCCAGAGGGCGACGCCAACCCGCAGCCCUCCAGCAGCCCUCCUGUCAACACGCCGGUGUCCGUGGAGACGGACUCUGGGGACCGGUCAGCACCUCCCGCCUUUCAGCUUUAAGAAAAACAACGAGAGAGAAUGAGGAAUACCCAGAUUCAGUUUUGUGAAUCGUAGCUCCGACCGUCCUCUUUGUCUCCGCCCCACUCGCCCGGCCACACAAACGUCCGCUCGUCUCCGAUACCCAGCAUGCAGCAGGAGCAGCAGCUGUCGCCUCCGUAUCAAUCAAUAAUCCUCAUUAGCAAUAGCUUCUCUUUUCUUUUCCUCUGACUUUCACACUGAAUGAGUCAGGAAGCGGACCAGGAGGGGAUGUAAGUGUUCUGCAAAGGGCUGCCCCACCGUCCCUGCUCCAGACGGUCUCUGUCCGCCUGCUGUUGACUUGUUUUUGUCUCGUCUUCGGGGACUUUAAAGGGAAAGCUGCAGUAUUUGAAUCAUGAAUGUUUGUGUUUUUCAUCAAAGAGAAAGAAGACAUGGAGCGAAACGUGGGUUUGUUUCUCUUUUCAGAGGAGCAGUUUAUUUAUGACUUUUAGAGACAGAUUUAUUCAUGAUAAGCUAUUUUAUAACUUAUUUAUGGUUCCACACGGUCAGCAGGGAACUGACAGAUACAGUAAGUGUUAGUCAUAUCUGUCUAUGUUGAUCAAUGCAGCUAUCAGACACAAUUAGAGACUUUUAGCAACAUGUGAGGGUUACUUAAAAACGUGCAAACUGAAGUGCAUUUAGAUUAAAGAAGAAAGCAGCCAAACAUGGAGGAGGGUGCUCUGCCAAAUCCCGGCUUUUUGUUGUUUUGAGAAUCCUGAAUCCUGCCGGAGCGCGACCCGGAGAGCAGAUCUAUAUUUAGACUCCUUGUUGUGUCUGAUAUGCACUUGAAAAUUUAGCAUGGCUACGCCUCUACGUGGUCCAAUCCCCACGCUGGCGUUUAACGCAGCGGCGGGUUCGCUUUGUGUUGUGAUCAUGUCGCUACUGCUGCAGCCAAUCGGAUUAGUCCCAGAUGGGAAGUCCGGAUCAGCCCGGUGGAAGGAGAAGUUGCGAUUGAGGACGCCGGUGGGCAGUUUCAAGUGGCGUCUGGUUUAGAAAGAAUGAAAUGCAAUUAUUCAGGAAAGGCUGACUUCUGUUUUUUUUUUUUGUGCCAAACUUGCUACUGAACCCAUGAAGGGUUGGUUGGGUUUGCUGUAACGAGUUGCCAUGGCGAUACUUUAGGACCAUGCAUUAAGCUGUCCCUUGUGUCCUAAAACUCUAUUAGCGACGUUUUAAAGCCAAACCUGAAGCUCCGCCUCCCCUUUGAUGCGGUUGUAGCUUUGUUUACCUCGUGGUGACUCGGCCACAGCUCGCACUUUCCAGCAGAUUUCUGGUUAACUUAGACUUUAGAGCAUGACGAUGUAAAGUAAAACACCUUCCUCCUCUUGUGUGUGUUUAUGAGCUUUAAGGUAGGUUCCUACUGGAUUAAAUGUGAGUUUGUUCUCUUGCACAUGUCAAGUCCCUGAUGAGAUUUGGGACUUUUAGAUUUUAUCCAUGGACCAAAAGCCCUUUUUCUAACCAGUGUUUAAAUACUCAUGUUGUUUUUUUUUCAUACUACAGUCAAAAUUCUGAAUUACGUUGAUAUGUACAGCGGAACUUGUAAUCAAAAUGUGAACUUGUUCAGCCAGAUUAUAGAUUAUUAGCUGGAUUACUGUGUGCAUUUAAGCCCAGUCCCUCAUCCUCUUCCAUUUUGAUGCACUCCAAAUCCAAACCAAAGCAUUCACCUUAAGGUAGCUGCUUUAAAGCUGCAUGGGAUGUUUCCUUUCAUGCAGAUAUGCAAAGAAAUGCUUUGUUUUUGUCUGUUUGGUAUCAACAUCGGAUCACUUUGAGAGGUUUUCUCUUUUCCUGGGACUUGUUAUCCCUAUCCAGCGCAUUAUCAUGCCUAAAACUAUGCAUCUCUUCAUGUUUGCAGUUCAAAAAGAAGCUUAAAUGGGUUCAUACACAGAGCUUAAAAGGCGUAAUACAAUGUACAUACGCUGUGCUUUUACUCUCUCUGCACCGGCCAUAAAAGAAAAAGCUAAGUGGGAUCUGUUGCCCCCACAUAAAAGAUGGAAUCCUUGGAACGAAACACUACACAGCUCUUGUCCAACUUGGUUCGCAUGAGUUCCCUGUUGCUGCCUCAUUAAGCCUCGGCUUUUGUUUGGGUGUAUUAAUAGCUCAAGUGGAGGAAGAGGAAGAGUGUUCUAUAUUGAGCUCUCCUCUGGGAGCUAUGCUCUAUUAACUGAUGUGCUGCGCUGCUGUUUGUUCCGAAGAAAAUACCGUCCUCCACUCAGAGUCUCUGUGGGACCAGGCUCGCUGUCUUUGUAGGGAACAGAGCAGCGCACGACGGCAAAGGCACGGUUUAGUUCCAGCGCCUCCCGGGGCCGAUUCUUGUUUUAUUAGCUUGACAAAGAGGGAGGCAGGUUUUGAUUUGUUUUCUACGAUUCCCGUUUCCUUGCCUCGUGCUUCACUGUUCGGAUCAUCACAACUAAUGAGUCCUGGUGUGGUUUGGACACAUUCAUUAGACUGUUUUAGUAGUUUCGAGAGUUCUGAUGUAAGUUUUAGCAUCAGAGCUAAUAGCAGUUUGUUUCUGUGUGCUUUUGUACCAAUAAUAAUAAUAAUAAUAAUAAUAUGCUUUGGGUUAUUGCACGGCUUCUCGUUCUUGGGUGCUUAAGGGACACAUUUUCUGGUUGUCUUUAUUUAGGAUAAACACUCUGAGCUGACCCUUUAAUGAAACGAUUCUCCAACCUGGAGUACUGGACCCUAUGGGUACUUGGAGCGACUGUGAAGGAGCACAGUUAUUUCCGCCUCAGGAAAAAGAAGGAAAGAAAAGCUGGAAUGAGGCUGAUUUUACUCGUGUUUAUUGUCCCAGUUUAUAAUGAUUGGUUGAAAAAGGUCACAGUUUCCAUCAAGUAGGUUACAGCGGCUUCUUUGACUGAAAGUCAGCAGUGUUGUUAAUAACUGUGUGUGUGUUCAUGUCCAGACUGUUCCACAGGUUGAACAUAUUCUAAUGCAGAUUUUGAAGCCCCUAUUGGGCGUGCUUUAUAUAAGAAAUGUUUAUAGACACAGAGGAUUUAAAGGGAUGAAAUAUAGUGCUGUGAAAAGUAUUUAUUGCUUUUUUUUGUUCACAUUUAAAGUUUUUUGGAUUAGAAAAACAAAUCAAAUCUUCAUUUUUAAAUGAUGAUUUCUGUUUAUCCAGACCAAACUGGCCCGGUGUGAAGAAAUAACGAGAACCAAGCGUUUGUGAGAACUGGUACUGGUCUCACAUCCCUGUGGAAGGGUUUUUCUUCCUCUUCACAGACUUGGUUUAAUUUGUUUGUGUUGAUUGUUCUCAGUCAUCUUUCUUGGAUAAAACGUCUGCAAGGAAAUCAUAAAAGUGCCGUUGUUUUCAGUUCGACCUUCAAGAACUGGUUUAACUCAGCCCCAUUGUAGGGUUUUCAGCAUUAACGGUCUGUUUAAGGUCAAAGGUCAGACAUUCUCCAAAGCAGCCCCAGACCACAGACAUCAUAUACGUAGACACGACAUGGACUGCCGCUGUGGCCAUGGACGUAGCAGUGAGCCGCCAUCUUGGAUGGGUUCCCAUUCGCCCCCACUAAAUUUACUUCUACUGAGGAAGGUAUUCACCCAACCAAACAGAUUUUAUGAUUUUUCCCAGACUCAGACAUGUUGUGUUGCAUGAUAAUAUUAAUAAUAAUCAAAUAAAAUAAGAUAUAAAAUUCCAACAAGUAGGCUAAGAUAGUCAAUAGUAAUCCCGCGUGAUCUGUUUUCAAUAGUACGUCGGUUGUUUCAACCGUAGGCUGUACAAAAAAUGGGUGUAGUUGUUCACUUUGGGUUGACUCCAGUUGGGUUAGGAGAGUGAGGAACCCAACCAAUAUGGCGGUGGUGCUGUUACACUCUCUAGCGCCCAUGUAUUCAUGUCUGUGCCCCAGACCAUCAUGCUACCACCACCAUGUUUGACUGCUGCUAUGGUAUCUUUGUUCUGAAAUGCAGAGUUAGUUUUACAACAUCUCAUCUCAUCAGCCCACAGAAUGUUUUCCAGAACCUCUUAGGGAUCAUCAAGAUGUGUUUUGGUAAAACGAACAAACAUGAAACGGACUUCAUUGUUCUAUUAGCAGACGUUUUGGGCAUGGAGCUUUGAUGACCUUUGACCUUAACCUGAACCAGUUGCUUUAGAUGUCCUUGUGGUUCUUUUGUUCUGAAUAACUUUGGGAGUGGUGUGUUGCUUUUUGAGAUAGUUUAGCUUAAGGUAGAGCUGAACUUAGACACCUCUCCCCCAGGACAGCGCAGUCUGAUUUCUGAUUUCGUUUGCUGAUCUCAAACCUUUAAGUGACCAAAAAGGUUGAAACAGAAAGAAACUGAUACUUUCACACAGCUCUGUCGGGUUUUUAGUUUUCAGCUUUGGUGGAAACAGCCAAACUGAUUUAUGGUAAGUAAGCGGCCAUAUCUUGUCUGAGGGGUUAAAAACUAUUUAGCAAGUUGACGGCGUGUUGUUGUGAAACUGUUUCUGCUUUUAUAAGAGAAGAGUCCUUUUGCACGCCCAUGUCAAAGACACACUUGUCACUUGCAUGUUUCCUGUUCUUUGUUACUCCGAGUACUGUAGCAGCAGAUCCCUUUCAGACCGGCCAAUAUUAAACUGUUUAUAAACAAGCUUUAAGAGCAGAAAUGUGCUUUUAUUUCUAUAUUUUAUAUUGUUUUGUAGAUAAAAAAAGAAAAUACUGUUUAUGUUGUUGGGUUCAUAUACUUACUUACUUGUUUGUUCCUGUUUGUGGCUCUAAACCUCGAUAAUAAACAAGUUGAUUCAGUAACAAACCACCUGCUUCAUUGUGGAAAUCCUCGUUCACGUCUUCAGUCGUGUUUUAAAACACACGGGAUCGGUCUCUGAUAAUGAUCUGAGUUAUUUCAUUUGUAGCUUGUUCACUUUUCCAGGUGUGUUUUUGUUUUUACCAAAGGUAUUUUCUGUUAACAGGGUUUAUGUGUUUGACUUGCCAGCAGGACAAUAAAUCCCUGAUUUCCUGUU